UUCAGGUGUGAAACCGAAGAUUUUCAUGUAGGAAUCAGAUGCCUCAAAUUUCCUCAAGAGGCGCAGCAAGCGGUCCCCCAAAUCCCGAGAUGAGGUCAAUGUGGAAAACAGGCAGAAGUUGUGGGCUGAUGAGCUACGGAGAGAAUAUUACGAGGAACAAAGGAAUGAAUUUGAGAACUUUGUGGAGGAACAGAAGGAUGAGCAGGAAGAGAGGAGACGGGAGGCCGUGGAGCAGUGGCGGCAGUGGCAUUAUGAUGGGCUGUACCCUUCCUAUCUCUACAACCGCCAUCGCAUCUGACCCCAUCCUGAAGCAACCCAGGAAGACAGAGCAUGAAACAUAGCUGCUCACCCGGGUGUACCAGCACCUCUUUCCACACAAAUGCCCUAAUAGGGACCUCAGCUUAGGGUGCGCUGUGGUCAACAACCCUGGUAAAUACACAUGCCUUUCAUUCUGAUGCAUUAAAUGUCCUGACUUUUGC